ACCAUCCUCGACCACAUGAACCUCCGCUGCAAAUGCCACGGCCUGUCGGGGAGCUGCGAGGUGAAGACGUGCUGGUGGGCGCAGCCGGACUUCCGCAUGCUGGGCGACUACCUGAAGGACAAGUACGACAGCGCCUCGGAGAUGGUGGUGGAGAAGCACCGCGAGUCCCGCGGCUGGGUGGAGACCCUGCGGGUCAAGUACGCCUUCUUCAAGCACCCCACCGAGCGCGACCUGGUCUACUACGAGGGCUCGCCCAACUUCUGCGAGCCCAACCAGGAGACCGGCUCCUUCGGGACGCGCGACCGCGUCUGCAACGUGUCGUCGCACGGCAUCGAGGGCUGCGACCUGCUGUGCUGCGGCCGCGGACACAACACCCGGACCGAGAAGCGCAAAGAGAAGUGCCACUGCAUCUUCCACUGGUGCUGCUACGUCAGCUGCCAGGAGUGCGUGCGCAUCUACGACGUGCACACGUGCAAGUGA